AUUAAUCAACAGAGAGAAAGAGAGAAAAAAUGUCGGAUUGGGGACCGGUGCUAGUGACGGUGAUACUAUUCGUGAUGCUCACGCCAGGACUUCUGUUUCAGUUGCCUGGACGACAAAGAUACGUUGAGUUCGGUAAUUUUCAGACAAGUGCUGUCUCCGUUAUCGUCCAUUCUCUUCUCUACUUCUCCCUUGUCUGCGUCUUCCUCCUCGCUCUCAAGAUUCACAUCUACAUCGGCUAAUUUCAUAUAUCCCCUUAAUUAUUCGGUGCAUGUUUUCCAAGUUUUCCUUUAAAUUUAU